AUGGAGCCCUGGUGCUGGACACGGGCCCGCGGGCAGGGUCCCCAGGGUCCCAGAGCGUCCGCGCCCUCCCACGCCCGCGUACUUCUCCUCCUCUUCCUCUUGCUGCUGCUGCUGCUGCGGAGGCCGGCUGGCGAACUCCAGGGGGCGCUGUCCACUGCUGCCCCUGGUGUCCCCUGCGCCCCUAGAGCCACCUUUCCCUGGGGUGGGCCUCGCUUUCCCCGGCAGGCGGAGGCCACAGAGACAGAAACGACGCCUGUUUCUACAGCCAAACCCACCUUGAUACCCGAGGGUGAGGAGAGGCAAGGAGCCCUGGGGUGGGGUAGUGUGCUGUCCCUGUGCGCUGAGCUGGCUGUGCGGCAGAGGCCUGUCCCCCUGCUGCAGGCGCUGACCUGGAUUGGGACUCUUGGGAUGCUGGAUCGGGUGGGCCUCUCCGUCAUCAAGCUCUCUCUUUCCUCCUCAGCCUGUGGUUUCUCCUAUGAACGGGACCCUACCCUCAGGGACCCAGAGGCCAUGACUCGGAGGUGGCCGUGGAUGGUCAGCGUGCAGGCCAAUGGCGUACACAUCUGUGCAGGCACCCUCAUUGCCUCCCAGUGGGUGCUGGCUGUGGCGCACUGCCUGACCCAGCCCCGUGUUAAUUAUACAGUGAGGGUGGGGAGUCCAUGGAUUGACCAGAUGACAAAGACCAGCUCUGACAUCGCAGUGCUCCAGGUCAUUGUGCAUAGCAGGUACCGGUCCGAGCGGUACUGGUCCUGGGUCGGCCGGGCCAACGACAUUGGCCUCCUCAAGCUCCAGCAGGUGCUGCAGUACAGCAAGUAUGUGUGGCCUGUCUGCCUGCCUGGUCUGGAGUAUGAGGUGCAGGAUGGCUCCAUCUGCACUGUGACGGGCUGGGGAUCUUCCAAGGAUGCAAUGCAGCCGAGCCUGAAUGGGACCUGUCCCACAGGCUUCCAGUUCCAGACCCUUCAGGAGAAGGAAGUCUCCAUCCUGAAAAACAGGGAGUGUGAGGACUUCUACCAUAGGUCCUCCAGAAUCCCCUCUCUGGUUCGGAUCAUGACCUCACAGAUGGUUUGUGCCUCGGAUACCAGCAGGGAGCAGUUCUGCUAUGAGAUGACUGGUGAGCCUUUGGUCUGCUCUUCAGAGAAUGUGUGGUACCUGGUAGGAAUGGUGAGCUGGGGUGCAGGCUGCAAGAAGAGCGAGGCCCCGCCCAUCUUCCUGAAAGUCUCCUCGUACCAGCCCUGGAUCUGGGACCACCUCAGUGGAAGCCCUGGAUCCCAUACCCUGGCCAUGGGCAGCCCUGAGGAAGCAGCCCUGCUGCGGCUGGAGGAGGUCUUCCUGGCCACCUUGGCCCGCAUUGACAGUCUUAUCCUCAAGCCCCUGCUCUUUGAUGACUCGGAGCCCUCGGAGCCCCAGGGCAGAGAAUGCCUGCGGCUUCUGCGCCAGCUGCACUGGAGCGCCCAGCAGCUGUGGCUGGUGACGGAGCAGAGCCUGCAUUCGCUGCGGCAGAGGCUGCGCCACCCGUCCUCCACCAACCUGAAGGCCUUGCUGCUGCUGCGCAGGGCUAACCUGGUCCUGAAGGCACACAUGGAGUACAUCGACUCCUACACGAAUUGCGUGGUGGCACAGGCCUUUCAGAGGGCAGCAAAGAGGAGGAGCGAGUACUGGCGGAGCCAGCGGAAGGCGCUGCGGCAGCUCUUAUCGGGCGUGAGCUCCGAGGGCUCUGUGGGCACCACGCUGGCCCAGGCCCUCCGCCAGCCUCUCACCCAGCACGUGCAGCAGUACGUGCUCCUCCUGCUGAGCCUCAGGGACCGCCUCGGGGAGGGGCAUCCUGCCCAGGAGAUGGUGAUGCAUGCAGUCACCCUGUUUGGGAACCUACAGUCCUUCAUGGGGCAGGCGCUGGACCAGGCUGUGGCCACACAGGCUCUCUGGCACACCCUGAGCAGCAGGCUGAGGGAUGUGCUCUGCACCCCUGUUCACCGGCUCUUGUUGGACAGUCAGGACAUCCCUGUGACAGUCACCCCACUGCGGGCUGAUCGUGUGCUGCUGUUUGAUGAUGCCCUGGUCCUGCUGCAGGGCCACAAUGUCCACACCUUUGAUCUGAAGCUGGUAUGGGUGGAUCCUGGGCAGGAUGGGUGCACCCUCCAUGUCAUCACACCUGAAGAAGAGUUCUCCUUGCAUGCCAGGGACUCCCAGAGCCAG